AGUUUCUCAGGGGGAUUGGAGAAGACUCUGAAAGAUGAGUGUGGAUUGGACCCAACUCCCAAAAGAAUUGGUGGAUAUAAUCUCCAAAAAACUCACUAUCUAUGGCGAUUACCUCCGGUUUCAGGCCGUGUGUCGCACGUGGCGGUCCUCCGUACCCAGUAUUCCGACCCAUCUCCCUCCUCAGCUCCCAUGGCUUAUGCUUCCCAAAUCCCAGUCCCGGCUCCAACCUCGCCGUGCCUUCUUCGAUCUUUCCAACCACAAGGUCCACAUCCUCAACCUCUCAGAAGCAGCUUCGCGCAAGCGCAGUUGCGGCUCCUCCCACGGCUGGCUCGUACUCCUCGACGAAACCCCUGAGGUUAUACUUCUAAAUCCGCUCUCUCGGGCCAAGCUUUUUCUCCCUCCGCUCUCCUCUUUCCCUAAUGUUAUAGCCUUCAAUUAUUCUCAUAUCGGCCGAGAAUACUUACUUCUUUUACUCUCUUCCGGCGAUCGCUACACGCGCAAUCUAAGGCAAAUGCGUGAUUACUUCAUCAAGAAAGUCGUAUUAUCCUCCAGUCCCGGGAUGGAUACAGGCUUCUUCGCAUUAGCGAUUCUGAAUCAAACUGGCGAUUUAGCCUACUGCAGAAACGGAGACAACUGUUGGAGGUUGAUUGAAGGCUUGCUUUCUUAUUGUGAAGAUGUCAUCUUCUUCAAGGGAUCAUUCUACGCUGUCGAUAAGUACGGAACAAUCAUGGUGUGUGAUCUUCGGGGCUAUACGCCUAAGAUUUCGAUCGUCGAAACGCCACGACAACUCGGUGGUGAUAUGCAGUAUUUGGUUGGUUUGGGAGACGAGUUGUUGCUGGUGACCCGGUAUCUUGAUCUUGAGUUGGAUUUCGAGCCUAGUAGGCAGAAUUUGAUCUUUAGGACCAAUCGCUUUGAGGUGUUCAGGCUUGACGCGAGCGGGUUACAGUGGGAGAGAAUCUUAAACUUGGGCGAUAAUAUGAUAUUUGUGGGUGAAAAUUCUUCAUUGUCAUUUUCAGCUUCUGAUUUUCCAGGUUGUACCGGGAACUGCGUAUAUUACACCGAUGAUUAUUCCUACACUAAUGAUGGGGUUUUCAUAGAACCCGAUUUGGGCAUUUACAGGUUAUCAGACGGAAGCAUCGAGCCGUUGCCCUGCUACCCUGCGAAUUCUUUUUAUGGGCUACAGUGGCCACCUCCGAUUUGGAUUACCCCUAAUCCGUGCUAAAUAAAGGCUGAAGGGAUUUUGCUCGGGGAAACAGGUAACCUAGCCAUGUGCUGUGUGGGUUGUGUUAUAAAACAGAUGAAGAUGAUACACUUGCUAUCUUGUGCUGUUCAGUUCUGUUCUGUUCUGUUAUAUGCUUAAUAUAUUCAAGAUCUUUGGAGCUUAUGUUUUAUGGGUAAAUCAAUCAGUGUGUACUGCGCUAUUGGGCAUAUUGUUGGAUCAAGAACUGGCAAGUGCUAUUGUUUAUGGUUUCAUCUGGGGGCUUAUCUGCAUUAAACAUAUAACUUAUUACAAUCUGAUCAGCAGAUUCUGGCCCCAAAAUUUGGCAGCCACAGACACGUGAUUUGAUCAGCAGAGCCUGGGUUUUUUUGAUAAUCUCCACAACAUUAAAAUUUUCCAGGAACAGGAUGGAUUUCACCUGCUCAAAGUUCAAGCCUGGCCACCACCUAGGCAAUUCUCCAAAUUUGGUGUUCAGUGAACAGAGAUUCUUCUGAUUUUUGCUUUGUGUGCGUGUUUCUUAUCUCUGUCUUUGAGCUGGGGAAACCCAGUUCAGUGGAUGUCUCCAAGGCCCAGUUCAUAUCUACCUCGUAACUCUCGCAAGCACAAAAUCUUUCUUUUCUAGAUUUUUAUUGGUUAUUGUUGAAUGCCAA